ACAGAGCAGAGAGAGUAAAGAGAGUCAGGCACCCAAGGGGGAGAGUAGCGAGAGGGGAACAGCGAGAAUCACUUAACAGAGGAUUGGUUGCGUUACGGCCUCCCAUCUAGCCCCAAUGAGAGCCUCCUAGUGAACCAAGAGACAGGGGAAAUAUGCGGUUUCCACUGCUGUGGUUGAUUUGUCUGUUUGUAAGGCUGAAAUACUGCUACACAGCUGACCCAAUAGACUGUGAGACGGCGGGCUGGAAGUGCCACCCCCGUGCCGAGUGUCUGCAAGUCAAUGCCAACGUCACCUGUGUGUGCCGUAAUGGCUACCAAGGAAACGGGCAAGAAUGUGAAGAUAUCGAUGAGUGUCUCAGUGGCCUAAGCGACUGCCACCCCAACGCACUCUGUAAUAACACCCUUGGCAGCUACAGCUGUGCGUGCCGGCCUGGGUACAUUGGGAAUGGCUUCCUCUGUCAGGAUAUCAACGAGUGCCAAAGGGAGAAUGGAAGGUGCCAUUCCAACGCCACGUGCAUCAACUACGAGGGUGGGAGUGGUUGCCAAUGCAAAACGGGCUUCAGUGGCAAUGGCUUUCAGUGCACCGAUAACGACGAGUGCUCUUACCAGCGGAUUUGCCACUGGAACGCAACCUGCACAAACAACCCGGGUUCUUACGUGUGCACUUGUAAUGCUGGUUAUAAAGGCAACGGGAACUACCUAUGUCUGGACAUUGAUGAGUGUUCACAGACACCUGUUGUGUGCUCAUCCUCGUUAGGUUACAGAGGCUGCAAGAACUUGCCCGGCACCUACCAAUGUACAUGUAGCACUGGUUACCAGAACAACGGGAACUACUGCCAGGACAUUGACGAGUGUGCCGCUAAAAGGUGCAGCCAGUACGCGGAUUGCAGGAACACCUUAGGAUCGUACAGGUGCACAUGUACACCCGGCUUUGAGGGCAAUGGACUAUCAUGCGUGGACGUCAAUGAGUGCAAUGGCAUCCACAACUGUCACUCCAGCGCAGUCUGUAUCAACGUCGUUGGCAGGUACGAAUGCUCUUGCUUGCCAGGUUUCCUUGGAGAUGGCCAGAAUUGCCAGGAUGUUGACGAGUGCAUAACGGUCGGGAUCUGUCCCGCCGGUGCCGUGUGUGUCAACAACCCAGGUUCAUACGACUGCAACUGCGGUCGCGGCUACCUCUACAACAACUCAAUGUGUCAAGACGAGGACGAGUGUGCAUCAGGACUCUGCAGUCCCUAUGCCAGCUGCACCAAUUUCCCGGCCUCCUUCAACUGCCAGUGUAAGCCCGGGUUCAACGGCGACGGCCUCAGCUGCGUUGAUGAGGACGAGUGCUCGAUGGCCCGGCAGUGCCACGCCAAUGCCGUUUGCAUCAACCGGCCUGGCUCUUACAACUGCAGCUGCGAAGUGGGGUACUCCGGAGACGGUGUCCUUCGCUGCACAGACGUCAACGAGUGUCUGGUGGACAACGGGGGCUGUAGGAACCUGGCGACCUGUGUCAACGCCCAGGGCUCCUUCUCUUGUCUCUGCUCCAACGGCUUCACCCUUGUCAACAAGACUCUGUGUCAGGACGUCGACGAGUGUGAGGAGAACAGCGUUGCAUGCAGUGCUAACGAGUGGUGUCUCAACACUGCAGGGUCUUACGAGUGCCGGUGCCUGGCCGGGUUCUACCGCCCGGGUAGCCAGGUGGGCUGCGCCGACGUGGACGAGUGCAGGAACAAGCCGUGCCACGCCAACGCCACCUGCCUCAACGCAGAGGGCUCCUAUGAUUGCACCUGCAACGGCGGUUUCUCAGGGAACGGCACACAUUGUAAGGACGUAAACGAGUGUCUGGCGGAGGGCAGGUGCCACCAGCGGGCGCUGUGCAUCAAUGCAGAAGGGGGUUUCUCCUGUGUCUGUCAGCAAGGGUUCGUGGGCGACGGCUUCUACUGUGAGGACAUGAAUGAAUGCCUCUUCAACGCCACCUGUCCACCCAUCUCCACCUGCAUCAACUCCCCCGGGGCCUACGUCUGCUCGUGUCUGAACGGCAGCGUGGCAAUCGACAGCCUCUGUUUGCUACCCAGUUCCCAGUGCGACCCCGCCUGCCAUCCGCAUGGCCUGUGUCACUCUUCGCCGUCCGGCUACCAGUGUGUCUGUGAUCUUGGGUACAUGGGCGAUGGUCUGACUUGCUCGGACAUAGAUGAGUGCCAGUUGGAAAAUGUCUGUCCCCGAAAUGAGACGGAAUGUGUAAAUAUCCCAGGAUCCUUUGCCUGUAUCUGCAGGGCUGGAUUUAUACUGAACGAGACAAAUUGUGUUGACGUGAACGAGUGUGAGUCCCCGGUUCGUCGCUGUAGUGAAUUUUCCAGUUGUGAGAACACCAUUGGAAGCCAUCUGUGCCGCUGCCUCAGUGGCUUCGCCGGCGACGGAAUCACCUGCUUGGACGUGGAUGAGUGCCAAGGGGACAGCGGGGGCUGCCAUCCCGCCGCCAGCUGCGCUAACACACCUGGUUCCUUCCGCUGCACCUGCCAGCCCGGCACCGAAGGCUCUGGCUUUGAGUGCCGCGAUGUGGACGAGUGCUCCCAGAAUGCCACGCUGCCCCACAACUGCAGUGUCCACGGCGUCUGCGGCAACACGGACGGGUCCUACCGCUGCUGGUGCCAAGAUGGUUACCACGGAGACGGCUUCGACUGUGUAGACACGGAUGAAUGCCGGUCUGGUGUUAGUGUGUGCGACAGUAACAUGACUUGCCACAACACCCUGGGUUCCUACAUGUGCACCUGUGUCCUGGGGCUGGCGUACGAGCAGGGCACGUGUGUGAGCCUCAACGAAUGUCUGAACGCCAGCCGAUCAUGCCACCUGAACGCCAGGUGCUACGCUGACCACAGCUCCUUCUACUGCCGCUGCCACGAAGGCUACUUUGGCGACGGGACCGACUGUCGGGACGUGGACGAGUGUGACAAGGGAUUGGCUGAGAGCCCAUGGGACGCCUGUCCACCGUCUUCCUCCUGCAUCAACAGCAACGGCUCCUACGUCUGCGAGUGCUGGGACGGCUUCCGCAGAGCUGGAAAGCUUUGUCAGGAUAUGGACGAGUGUGCCAGUGGCAACUUCAGUUGCCCAUACAACAGCACCUGCCAUAACGUGGAUGGGGGAUACCACUGCCCCUGUGUGCCAGGCUUCUCCCUCGUCAACGACUCUCUGUGUUUGGACGUGGACGAGUGCUCUCUCGGCCUGGACGACUGCCCCCAUGUGUCCGACUGCUUCAACACUGUGGGGUCUUUUUUCUGCGAUUGCUGGCCUGGUUACCAUGGGAAUGGCACGGGCGCAUGGUGCGUGGAUAUCGACGAGUGCCUGGGCAACUCCACUUGCCCCGAGCACAGCACGUGCAACAACACAGAUGGGGACUUCCUGUGCACCUGUGACUCUGGAUUCUCAGCCAUCAACCACCUGUGCGUGGAUGUCGAUGAAUGCAACACGACGGAGCAGGCUCAGCCCUGUGCCAAUGGUGUGUGCAUGAACACCCUCGGCUCAUACUACUGCGAAUGCACAAAAGGCUACUGGAGCAACGAGACAGAGUGUGUGGAUGUGGAUGAAUGUUCAGAUCUCCUCGACCCCUCCGUAGACUGCCAGCCCUUUGCCACGUGCGUCAACGCCCCCGGGUCCUACGCCUGCCUUUGUGAUGAAGGGUUCACUCUCAUCUUGACCAAUAGCACCAGCUGGAUCAAUAGCACCAUAAGGACCAAUGAGACCAUCUUGAUCAAUUUAACCCCCUCAACCAAGGGCUCCACCUUGACCAGUGAGACCCACUGGACCCCCCGGACUGAGUGUCAGGAUAUCAACGAGUGUGCGGGCGACCCCUGCCCUCAGUACGCCACGUGUCAGAACGUUGAAGGGUCGUUUCUGUGUCUGUGCGAUGAAGGGUUCUUGCCGGACUCACUCUCGUAUCUGUCCUCUAACAGCUCUGAUAACGGGUCCACCGUGUUCAUGCUUCAUGGCUGUGAAGACAUAGAUGAGUGUGCCAACCACAGUGCCUGUCGUCCAGAUCAGGUGUGCUCCAACCUGCCCGGAGGGUACGUCUGCUCUUGCAGAGUGGGCUAUCGUGAGGAGAAGGGAGCUUGUGUUGAUGCUGAUGAAUGCGGAAGUGUGCAUCCAUGUCAUCCCUGGGCACGCUGCUGGAACACAGAAGGCUCCUUCUCGUGCCACUGCCUGCCGGGCCACAGGGGCAACGGUACCUGGUGUGAAGAUGUGGAUGAAUGUGUGGCCCUGAGCCGGCCGUGCCACCCUAUGGCCCGCUGCCGCAACACGCUGGGCUCCUUCUGGUGCCAGUGCGAACCAGGCUUCGCGGCUCUGGGGACGUUGUGCAUAGACCUGGACGAGUGCCUGCAGACGAACGGGCCGUGUCAACCCGGAGCGACCUGCUCCAACCUCGUCGGGGGGUUUGACUGCCAGUGCAAACGGGGCUGGGACCCCACAGUGGACAUGGUCAAUGGGAGGCGAGGGUGUCUCGAUCAGGACGAGUGCACAAGGCCCGCCGCCUGCUCUGGCACAGCUCUGUGCACCAACCUGCCGGGGUCUUUCCGGUGCUCGUGCCCCUCAAACGACACAGAGUGUGGACACAUGGCUCUGGAGGAGAGCGAGCUGUUCCCGUUUGGAUCUGAGGUUGGAGACGACCAUGUGGAGGUCAGCUCAGAAGACGGGAACUCCCCCUUCAUCACUCCCCCCCUGGGCCUUCCCUUCAUGGGAAAACUGUACAACAGGGUUUUUUUUUCAGACAACGGCCUUGUCCAGUUCCAGUCCGUCUCCCAGAAUGAACAGCGCCUGCUACCUGUCCCAUUUCCUGCGGGUUUCCGUGGCAACGAGGGCCUGGCCCUGUUGGCGGUGUUCUGGGACGAUGCUGACCUCACGCUCGGGCAGGGGCGGCUGCUCUACAAGGAAUACAGCUCGCUGGAUAUGUCGGACAUCUACUCUCAGAUCGUGUUUAACCGCACAGCGCGGGCCGUGACAGAGUUCGAGGGGCAGAGGGGCCGACCCUCCUUCACCCCCGCCUGGAUCCUCAAGAUCACCUGGGACAGCGUGAUGGCCAUCUCCUACCAGAAGGUCAACCUGUCAGAGACCAACACCUUCCAGUGCAUCCUGACCACGGACGGCGUGCGCACCUUCGCCCUCCUGCACUACGGCGCCAUGCGCUGGGGCCCCGGCCAGCGCAUCCACCAGGACGCGCUCAUCGGCUACACGGACGGAGGAACCCACUACCACAACCACGACCGCCCGGCCUCCGCCGCCGACCCCACCGCCGACCCCACCGCCGACCCCGCCUCCUCUAUCAACCCCACCGCCAUCGCCGCCUCCAUCACCGCCACUACCGGCCCGCCACCAGCAGGGCCUUACGAACCCGGCGGGCGGUACCGUCCCCAGCACACGGUGGGCCCCGGGGGUCGCCCGGGGCAGCUGCUGUGGGACCUGAGCGGCCCCGACCCAUUGGAGGAGGAGGCGGGGGAGGGGGCGGAGGGGGCGGAGGUGGACCAGCGGCUGCGCUGCCAGACCUGGGCCCAGAGCGAGCCCGCGCCGGCCGAGUGGGCGUCGGAGGUGCCGGCGUGCCCGUGCACGCGCGCCCAGGCCACGGAGGACUUGGCCUUCCUGCCCCAGACGGUCCGCCCCCGCCUGCCGCAGGUCCGGGCGCUGAGGGACCAGCGGUGGGGCAGCGGCAGCGGACACGUCUUCCUGUCGGCGCUCCCUAACCGCUGGGGCUCCGGGAAGACGUGUGUGUAUGACCCCCAAGGGGAGCUGCAGGGGGGCUACAGCGAGCGCUACUUCUCCGCGGAAGACACGCAGAGACACAUCGAUGAGGAUCUCUUGCCCUUCCAGUGGUGCUGCGUUGAGUCUCCUCUGUGCCAUCUUUACCUCACCAAGAGGCCCCUAGAUCGUUGCCAGGGUUACGGCUGGGUCAGCCCUGAACAGAGUACUCUGGCCAAGAAGUCAACACAGGGUGUUGCGAUGGUAUACGGCAGCCUGCAUUUCAUCACCUUUGAUGGGCUGCGUUACUCCUUCCGGGCCCUGGGGGUGUUUGUGCUGCUGAGGCUGUCCUCAGCGUUGGGUUCAAACAGGUUCACCCUGCAGGGGGAGAUGGGCAGGCUGCAGCAGAGCGGGGGAAGGCCCGCCGAGGCUCCGGUGUUGGUGAGGAUGGCCGCCUACCACCAGGGCAUUGGCAAGGUGGAGUGGAAGUGCGCAAACCAAGGAGACGGACUGGAGUUGUUAGUUGGUGGUGUGAGUGUUCCAGUCACCAUAGGCGUGGUCCACAGGAGCGCGUGGGGCUUCAUCGUGCGCUGCGUGUCUCUGAGCCGCUGCGCCGCCGUGUACGCCGGGGGUCUCCACGCCAGGGCCUGGCGCGUCGGCGGCGGCGGGGGGGGGGGGCUGUCAGCUGGGGGCAGUGGUGGAGGUGCCCCAGCACUUCUACAACCGCACCGUGGGCCUGCUGGGCCUCUGGAGCUCCACCCGCGCGGACGACCUGCUGAUGUCCAACGGCAGGGUCCUCCCUCAGGCCAUCCCCGAACCCCGGCCCGAGGACCACCUGCACACCUUCGGCAUGUCCUGGGAGGUCCCCAUCCCGGAGACCCUGCUGUCCUCCGCCCUACCCCCACUGGUGCCCCUCCACGCCCCGUCCCCCCAGGAGCUGCUGGCGGCCGUGAGCCCGGGGGACCUGGCCCAGCUCCAGAGGGCGUGCCACGGCAGCCCCGAGUGUGUCCACGACACCCUGGCCACGGGCAGCCCCGCCCUGGGCCUGCAGAGCCUGGAGGCCCAGGCCCGCUACCGCUACCUCACUGCGCUCUUCGGCAACAUGCCCCCAAUAGUAGUGGAGCCUAUGGUGAUCCGCGGCAAGGUCGACUCCAGGAUGGGCGUCCAGCUCCGCGCCAUCGACGCCAACCGAGACCCCAUCACCUUCUCCUUGCUCUCCCCUAGACCACGAAUGCCCUCCAUCAACAGCAGUGGGUACCUUACUUGGUUGCCGCAGGGCGCCGAGCCCGUGGAGCUGAGCGUGAAGGUCAGCGACCCGCUCAUCAGCUCCCUGUUCAGCCCGGUCCUCCAGGUGUGCAACUGCCUCAACGGGGG